AUGGCUGUUCAACUAUGCUCUGGUUGCGAAAUCGUCAGCUUCGGUAUCGGUGGACGAGGAGCUCAUCUUGUUAUCCCCUCCCUGGUUGCUCCGAUUCUCUCCUCCUGUCUUGUGUUGAACCGGCUGUACUGGCGUAUCAAGCUGCUUGGCCGCCUAGGAUGGGACGACUACUGCACCAUCCUCUCAGUGAUCUUCCUGAUUAUUCAGUGCAGCGCAUCAAUCUUAGCGGUUAAUUAUGGCUACGGGCGGCCUCUGAAGACCAUGAACACUGACCAGGCUGCAGAAGCCUUGAAGGCAAGUGCAUCGAUCUCUUCAGCUCUGCUCCAGUCACAAAUAUUCUACAAAUUGACCAUCAAUUUCACCAAGCUUUCGAUCCUCUUCCUCUACCAAAGAAUCUUUGUCGACAAGAGGUACUUUGUGCGCACAUGCCGGGUCUUGGUUUAUAUCGUCCUACUCGCCUGUGUCAGCCUCACGACAGCUACGGUCAUGCAAUGCAACCCUAUUCAAUCUGCCUGGCAUCGAUGGGACAUGAAGUCGAGUUGUAUCAACAUUUAUGCCCUCUGGUACAGCAAUGCAAUUUACAAUAUUCUCACGGAUUUCAUCAUCAUUCUGAUGGUACCUCCUGUCAUCUUCAACUUGAACAUCUCCUGGCGUCAGAAACUAGCCUUGACUUGCAUUUUCGGAUUGGGCAUCAUUGUCUGCGCAGCUUCGAUAUCAAGAUUGACAACCCUGUACUCCUCAGCAUAUGGCAAUGAUCCCACGGCAGGCUCUCUCGUCUCCACAAUAUGGACCACCAUCGAAGCCGGUUUGGGAACUAUCUGUGCAAAUUUGCCAAUGCUGCGUACGCCGGUUCAGCGGGUUUUUCCCAGAAUUUUCCCGUCCAGAAGGUCUACAUUUCACAUACCAAGCAACGCAACGUCUGGUCGAUGCCUUUCGAGCAAACCUGACACAUUGGUCUCAUCCAACUCAACCCAUUCAAACCUUGACUCAGAGGCUGCACCGGUUUCGUCGAAGCAUAUGGUCGUGUCGAGAUUUGAUGCCAGCCAUCCGCCUUCCACGAACCUACACGAAAUCCCUUGUUGGCAGCCAAGCCUGAGUUCGCUUGCAGAGCACGACGAUAUCGAGCUACAAGAUCGAAGUCUCAACGCCCAUCGCAACAACUGCCCGGGUGCGACCUAG